AUGGAUAAAACUGAAGUAUCAAUUCUUCUUGAAAUUCUUGAUCUUGAAUAUUUAAAACCAAUAUUAAUUGAUCGUUUUCAAACAAUUAAUCAACUCACAUUAGUUAAUCUUAAUGAUAUUGGUAUACAAAACCAAGAUGAUCUUAAUAAAUUACAAUAUGCUUUUAAUGAUAUUCUACAAAAUAAAAAUUCUAUUGAACAAUAUGAUCCUAUAUUAUCAUUAAAUGAAAGUAAUCAUAUAAUAACACGUAUUGAAAAUGAAACAAAUCUUAUAUCAUCAAGUCUUAAUUUAUUAUUAAAUAAUAAUGAUACAAAUUUACCUAACGAUGAUGCAACAUCGGAUAUUGAUUAUAUUUUAUAUAAUUCCGAAAUUGAUCAAAUUGAAAAUGAUAUACAACAAAUACAAAAUAAUGCUGACGAAUUAAUUGAACAAAUUCAAAUACAAUAUCCGCAAUUACAACAGCCAUUACAUGAACAUAAAAAGCAUUCAUAUAAAUUUUAUAAACAAACUUUUGUUAUUUUAACUCUAUCUGUUUUUUGUAUUGGUUUAAUGUUCUAUAUUAAGCGCAAAUAA